CGAGACCGGAAGCGAAUGUAAGGCGAACAUGGCGUCGGCCGUGCUGGCGCUGAGGACGCGGGCUGCCGUUACUUCCUUGCUGAGGCCCCCUCCAGCUACAGCUCUUGCUGUCAGGUAUGCAUCCAAGAAGACAGGUGGCAGCUCUAAAAACCUCGGUGGAAAGUCUUCAGGCAGACGCUACGGCAUCAAGAAAAUGGAAGGUCACUAUGUUCAUGCUGGCAACAUCCUUGGGACUCAGCGUCAUUUCCGCUGGCACCCAGGUGCCCACGUGGGACUGGGAAAGAGGAAGUACCUGUAUGCCCUGGAGGAGGGGAUAGUCCGGUACACCAAGGAGGUCUACGUGCCCAAUCCCAGCAACACGGAGGCUGUGGAUCUGGUGACCAGCCUGCCCAAAGGCGCUGUGCUCUACAAGACUUUUGUCCAUGUGGUUCCAGCCAAGCCUGAGGGCACUUUCAAACUGGUAGCUAUGCUUUGAAGUUCCAGUUGAGGCCAUUGGACAGAGGCUGGGGCCCACGUGACAGGAGGAGGAGGUAUCCGAAGAAGUCAAGUGUUGGGGUGACGACAAGGUCUCCCGAAGAAGAGACCUGCUUGAUGGUGACUCUGCGAAGUGACUGCUGGAAAACCCUUCAGGAGACCUGACCUGUGGCCAGAAAUAAAGUUAGCCCUAGUCUUGAAGCCAUGCUAUUCGGGUACAAA